AUAACAAGCCGGAAUCAGCUGAUAGAACAAUAAGACAUUUUAGUUUGUUUAGAAAUAAAGCGCAAAGCAAAAUUAUUUGUUUAGAUUUUAAAAUGCGUUGUGCUGUAAGCAAUUGUGGUAACAAUAAUCGCAAUGGCAAUAGAAAGAAAUGGCGCUACUUUCACUUCCCCAAGGACAAACAGCAACUGCAAAAAUGGAUUGAGUUCUGCGAGCGAGAUAUACCAAAUACAGCAACAGCCUGCAUCUGCAAUGAACACUUUACACCUGAUGACUUUGAGCGUAAUAUGCAAUACGAGCUGGGCUUCACCCGUAAGAAUCCAACCAAGCUAAAGCCAAACUCUUGCCCAACUGUACGUUGUCAACACCACAAAGCGUCAGCGGGGAAUGUGAAACGAAAACGCGGCAGGGCUAAGAAGGAUGCUGAAACCCAUGGAAACGAUGAGGAUUGUUUCCCAGCUUUAAAUAAGCUAGAAGAAGAGACGGAUCUCCAAGAAGAACAGCUUGAUUGUCCAGCUGAUCUUGCGGAAAGCGAAGAAAAUGAAUUAAUCGAGUUUACCAUCAGCGAAAUGGAAGAAUAUGGUCCAGCUAAUGAUGCCUCUUCUGUUGACGGAAUGGAUCUCGAAAUAAUUGAUUCGCUGAGUUCACAAACCGCCAGUGAGGAGCAUGUGGAAAUCAUCGAUUCAGAGAGUGACAGCUAUGUGAAGCACUUGGAGUUAGAAGUAAGCACGCUGAAGCGGCAGGUGUUCUUCCUGAAGGAUGAGCGCAAGAAAUUGAUUGAAGAAAUUCAAAAUCUGCGCGCAAAAAGCAACAAAGAAGCGAAAUCUGAGGAGAAGAUAGCAAAUGUAAAUACAAUUGAAAUGUUCCCAAAGUCCGCAAAGACAAAACCAACAAUCAAGAAGACAGUCCUGCUUUAUACGGCAAAUAUCGAUACGAUUCGAAAUCUGCGCAGAAUAAACAAUUCGACUGAUUAAAUAAAUAGCUAGUUAAGCAAUAAGUUACAGAUAUAAGAAAUAGUAAAUAUAUUCUUUACAACGAAUCUAUUUUUGAAUAAAUAUGGUCGUUAAAAUCGC